AUGAAAAUCAUUCGAAAGCCACUGACUGACCGAAACCAGAAUUUAACCGGCUUAUCAGCACGCUGUGCCAUGAAAGAAAAGAGCAAAAAUGCGGCUCGAUCGAGGCGUGAAAAGGAAAAUGCCGAGUUUUUGGAGCUAGCAAAACUUCUUCCUUUACCCAGCGCUAUAACAUCACAACUAGAUAAAGCAUCUAUCAUUCGACUAACGACAUCGUACCUUAAAAUGCGACAAGUUUUUCCAGAUGGACUUGGUGAAGCUUGGGGUUCACAACACAUCCCUUCAAAUCCUCGAGAACUUGCGAUUAAAGAGCUCGGAUCGCAUCUUCUGCAAACAUUGGACGGAUUCAUUUUCGUUGUUGCGCCUGAUGGUAAAAUCAUGUACAUCUCUGAAACGGCAUCAGUGCAUUUAGGAUUAAGUCAGGUGGAAUUAACAGGAAACUCGAUUUAUGAAUAUAUUCACAACUUUGAUCAAGACGAAAUGGUUGCAGUCUUGUCACUUCAACAGAAUAUGUUUGGACAUCAAACUCCACUAACCAAUGGAAUGAUGCAUGCUCCACAAAUGGAGAGCGUUUCACCAGUGCAUUUAGAAACAGCAACACCACCUUUGGUGGCGUCAUCGACCGUCCCAAAUACUGUCAUUCCACCCGUACCAAAUCCACAGAUUAAUGUCAAUAACUUUACUAACCAACCAAUUCAUUCACCGUCAACACCAACUCAUCAUACAUUUCCCCAACAUCAUCAACAACAACAGCAACACCACUUACAUCAUCAUCAUCAUCACCAUCAUAAUCAUCAUCAUUCGCAUCAUUUGCCACGCCAUCAAGAGACUCAAACGAUUGAGAUCGAACGAACUUUCUUCCUGCGCAUGAAAUGUGUUCUUGCAAAGAGAAACGCUGGUCUCACGACCUCAGGCUAUAAAGUGAUACAUUGUUCAGGGUACUUAAAAGCUCGAGUUUAUCACGAUUCAAACUACAAUGGCGAAGGCAAUGGACCGACUUUUAUACAAAACCUUGGACUCGUUGCUGUUGGACAUUCCCUACCACCUUCAGCGAUCACAGAAAUUAAACUUCAUCAAAAUAUGUUUAUGUUCAGGGCGAGCAUGGAUCUCAAAUUAAUUUUCCUCGAUGCAAGAGUAUCACAACUCACCGGAUAUGAGCCACAAGACUUGAUAGAAAAGACAUUAUAUCAAUACAUUCACGCAUCUGACGUUCUUCCCAUGCGAUAUGCACAUCAGAUCUUGAUGUACAAAGGACAAGUUACAACUAAAUACUAUCGAUUUAUGACGAAGAGUGGAGGAUGGACAUGGGUGCAAAGUUACGCAACUGUUGUUCAGAAUUCACGGUCGUCACGACCCCUCUGUAUUGUUAGCGUUAAUUAUGUUCUUAGUCAGAAAGAAGCGAAAGAUUUGUUAUUAAAUGAAGUUCAAGGCACAAUUAAUAGACCGGCAACAGAAUUAUCAUCAACGCCAAGUCGAACUCCAAUUAUAAGUACACCCACGCAAAAUCCAGUUUAUCAAAAUGUUCAAUCACAUCAGACAUCAUUACCGGUUAAUCAUCAACUUCAUCAUAAGGAAAUUCAAAGCUUUCAGCAUUUAAAUAAUAAUAACAAUAUGCACAUAUCGCAUAAUGAGAGUCAGUUGCAUCAUCAACAUCAUGUAACUAAUGACUACGAUCAAUACAAUCCUUACGUCCAUCAAACAAUGUCUAAUCAUCAACAACCGAUGACAACGAGUCAUCAUCAUCAUGAAGAAUUCAAUGAUACUGACCAAUAUUACAAUUACUUCAUGGACAACAGCACCGGCUUACCAACACAAACCGAAUCGAAUCUUUUACGACCUUAUUCAGCUACUUCCAACAGUUGUUCAAGUUCAAGUUCGGAAGAACAACAACAUCAACAUUUAUUCAACAAUCAUCACAUUCAGCAAAAUCCAAAUCAUCAACAACAACAUUUCGAGAACGAUUAUACAUUCACAUUUCCCACCUUCCCCUCUAUGAAUGAUUCGUCGAAUACUUCACUUUAUAAUAACGAUUUUAAGGCAUCGACAAAUGCUCAUUACACAAGCGUCAUUGUUGAUAAUACAAAUAAUCAAAAUUAUCUCACAAAUGAGUUUGUUCAUUGAGAAUUUGUGGCUGUUAAUAAAAUUACUUUUCCCAGUUGAUGUGAAAUUUAUCAUUUAAUUUUUUGUGUUUAUUUUAAUUCUUUCUUUUUUCUAUUCAGAUUCAGAUUCAAUACAAGACUUAUGAAUUUCAGAUCUAAGAUGAAGAUUUCUAUAAUUUAUUUUCAUAAAUAACUUAAAUAUAUAAACGUGCGUGCAUGGAAAAAAGUUCUUUUGUUUAUACUUACGAACUAAGCUUUCCAGAAGCUUUCAAAGAUUUUCUCUUAGUUAUACUUAAGAAAAAGACAUGAACAUGAUUCUUGUAAAGAAAUCUUAAACAGUUUAAGGAAACUACUAAAAAAUCACAAUAAAUAUGAAUCAAUCAAAUGUAACAACAAUAAUCUCAUUAAAAGAAUUAAAAGUCAUAUUAAAAAGUUUAUCAAGAACUGUGCUACAGCAGUUAAUCUCGUCCCACAAUUGAUGAGCUCAUUCAGCAUAAUUCUUGAAUGUAAAUAAAUGCUUUUUAAGUUUAAACUUUUUCAUUUCUUUUCCUUCCUUUUUCUUAUUUAUGGUUAAUUAAAAGAGAGAGAAUUAAGAUAUUUGAUUGUAAGUAAGGAAGAUUUAUAGUUUUCAACUAGAAUUAUAUUUAAUAAAAAUAUUUUCAAGUUCAAGACAAUUUUUUUAUGUUCACUUGAAAUUUAUGCUGAAAAAUUAUUUUUCUUCAAAAACUUUUCAUUGAGAAAAUUUCUUUUUUUUAGACAUUUCUAAUUAACUUAAAUAUUGGCACAAAAUUACGUAAUUCA